UCAUUGCUCAUAAUAUAUCAAAUUGUCUCAAGACGGAAACUGGAGCACAGGUUUCUUUGCUUCUCCCGGGACGCGGAAGAGAUUCCACCCUGUUUCCUAAACUCUGUUCCUUCCUAUUCGUUGGUCCCUCUGUCCCAGAGCGAAUCGCGCUGCGACCACCUCGGGCUGGCUCGUACACUGACCCAAGCUGACGAUUGUCUUCUUCCCGUCAGCCAUUAACUGCUUUGACGGCAAAUCCCGAUGCCGCCAUGGCUGCUGCAGCCGUCUUCAACCGUCACGGGUCGCAGCAGUCCUUGUCGUCCGCCGCCGCCGCCGCCGCCCUCCGCGCUCGCCCAACGACGCCGACCAAUGUCUCCGAAGUCCAGACCAAGCGGACCAUGCGCCGUAGCGCAUCCAUGUCCUCCUCGGGGACCGCGCCCGAUGCUCGUCGGAACCCAUCGUUGCACAGAAGUGGUAGCAGUGCCUCCCUAUCUGAGAAGACCUUCAGAACCCCGAGUCCGCAUAGGCCAGCGGCCAAGACAACGUCCCCCGCCGGGCAGGAUGCUCCCCCCGUUCCGGCGCUACCGGAGAAUUUCGAGACACGUAGUAAUGGGACGGGCGGCCCUGCGCGGCAGCAACAUCGCAAGGCAAAUAGCCUCGGGCUGGCGAGUACGCCUGUGCGCCUUGCGUCCCAGAAGCUAGGGAGGGAGGGUUCACCAUCCUGGUUUGGCGGGGCGCUGGUUGGAGAUAUGAAUAACAUUAGGACAUCGGAUGCCGCAAUCGCCAGCCCUUCGAAGCUAGACCUGGAUGAAAACAGACCCAGCAGCAGGGCGUCUUCGAUCAAUUUCUCGUACCCGGCUCGUGUCAGAGUCGCGUCGCCGCCCCCAUCGUCUCCGAUCGAAAGACGCGUUCUCGAGCUGCCACCACAGCCCAAACGAGCUUCUUCCAUGUCUUCGUCCACGAGAAGCCGACCCGUGUCAACCGAUGCCGCUCAGUCUUUGGUCUACGAUCCCAACUCGAGGAGGAUGGUCCCGCGCUAUGACGGUGCUCCCGAGGAUCUGGGUGGCCGAACCACGUCAGAAAAGGCGAACAAGAAACAUAAGGCACCGCCCGCCAAAGGAGGGACACGUCUUGCUCAGGGAACGGUGGGACGCGCUGCUCAAGUCGCUUCUGCAAGAUCUGGAUCGAACAUAAACACAAGCGAAGCAGAAGCCACGCGGGAGCCAGAUUAUGAGCAUGAAGAGCCCGCUGUCAAAGCGAUCAUAAAAUCGCCAAGGCUUGCUGCGAAGAAGCUCGAGCACCAGCGCGCUCAAGCGGUGCCUGUUGUGUCGAGCUUGUCGGAGGCUGAUGGCAAUGCGAUAUCUCUACCAAGCGAUACCGGCCGCGUUGGACCGUCGAUAAGAAGACAGCCGUCGAUUGUACGGGAGCAGCCGGAGCUAGAAGAUGACGAAGCAGAACUCGGCAGUCAACAGUCGGUGACUGACGCCCUGGAUUCAGUACGCACGAAACAGGAUAUGCGUGCGACCGCGGAAGAGCCAACACAGCCAGAUCCCACAGGUCUGAGACAGAGUAAUGUGAGGUCACCGCCGCCUCGCCAGUUUGCUGAACUUCCCGGCGAAGCGGUGACCUCCCGGGACGUGGCGACGGCAGACCAUGAUAAACCAGUCCUCUACGAACCACAGGCUACGAGUCGUAUAACCAGGGACAGGACACACUCUAAUAGCCCCGCGAGAACGGCACACUUUGGGACUGUUCAGGAGGGCCCAUCUAUCAAGCACUCGCCUCCUCCCCGGUCCAUCUCGCCACGCAAGCCGGCGCUGAAGCAGCGUGGUCCGUCAUCCCGCGAGCUGUCGCCCGACGGUGGCGCCUCGGAAACCUCUAGCAAUGUCUACCUCGGCGACGAACUAUCUGUUCCUCGUAGGAGGUCGGUGAGAGUCAGUUUUGAUGAUUCGAACAACGUGGUGGUUGGCCAGUCUGCGUCGCCAGACCAGGUCGAGUCCACAGGCACUCCUAUUUCGCAGAACGACGAAGCUCGCCGCCCAUGGUACGCCAGCAUAGCGCGAACGAAGAAAAAGGACAUUGUUCCGCUCGAUGACGACGAGCUCAUGAAGCCGCGCCCGGCGCUGCCUAGCUUCGGCAGUGUGAGGGGCAAGAAACCGAGGGAGUCCAGUCCUGGCGAGGAGGGACGUCCCCUCGUCAGACCAUACGAACCGAAGCCCGAAACCGCGCCAAAUGCACCCAUUGAGGCGAGUACGGACUCUGCAAUCGGAGGGCUUCUGUAUCAGGAGGCAGAUCAGGUGUCGAGGAAUGCAGCGAAUAUCUCGAGGUUUAGGGAACCUCUUCCCCCAAUAGUGACGUCGGUUGAGGGGGGCGGUUAUAUGAGCGAUAGCUCAACCGAGUCGGAGAAAGAGAUGGAGAAGGACUCGGCUCAGGCUGUCGAAAGUUCGGCCGUGAUCCACGAAGGCCCAGUGGCCGACGCCAGCACUCUUGACGACAAGCCGCUUAAUGGGUUUACAUUGGGCCCCGAGUCUGACCAUUAUUGGACCCCGGUCCCGACCGCGGCCAAGACCGAAAGUAAGGACGCGGAGGACGGUUUACCAGUUAUUACGCUUUCUCGGCCAACCCCACCGACGGUUAAGACCACGCGCGAGGCGUCUUUCUUCGACAUUCCCGGUGGGUUCCCUGAAGACGAGUCAUCGGAGGCAUCUACGCGUGGGGCAGACCAAAGACAUUCAAGCUCGAUCCCCGUCGAACCUGCACGCGAAGAGGUUCUCGAGCCAGUAGCCCAGAGAGAGGCCGCCAGACAGCCUUCACACACUCUAGCUACCAUUGCGUCCACAAAUGAUGAGGAUACGGAUGACACUGGAAGCAGCAUAUACAGUGAUGCGAACGAAGACUUCUUAGACACAGACAUUGAGGGUGAUGGCUUCCUGUCGCUCGAUGCGGUGGUUGAGAGUCCCAUCGGCCGUCCACGGCAGCCAUCAUACCCGGCCCCAGAACAAGCACAGAGAGUUGCGAAUCCAGAGGCUGACCCUAGCAGAUCAUCCCCUCUGCAGCCGGUCCCUCAUCUCUCUUCUGAGGCUACAGCCAACCGACGCAGAUCAUCCCCUCCUGAGCUGGCCCCUCAACUCUCUUCCGAGACUACGGUCGUCGAUUUCCAGCCUCAGGGGGCGCCCGAGGAUGAUUGGGAAAAGGCCAAGACAUUCUGGAGAAGCCUGACGGCUGAAAAGCGAGCCCAGUUGGAGAUGGAAGCCAAGGAGGAUGCCGGUGCUGAGGGUGACCUCGAGGGCACUCAUAUAGCACCACAUAAGCCGAAGAAGAAGAAGUCUCUGGACCGCAGAAACUCGGAGCGGAAGGCUCUCGCAGUGCACAUGGCUCAGCAGAUGAUGGCCAAACAGCAGGACCAGGACCAGCGCACCGAUUAUACGGACAGAGCGGAGCGGACCUACAUGAUCAAGCCUGGUACUAAGGUCAACGAUGACGGGUCCACCCCGCGCACACACGACUCGUCAGCCCUGCGGAAGUCGAUGCGUAAAGAGGGAUCUAUCCUGAAGCCCUCUGGGACCGAUCGGUAUGGGCACGCGACUGCUGAAGGGAAGACAACGGGUAUAACGUUCUCGGGCCCAGGCCCACGGGCUACCAAAGGGCACGCCAGGCAGACAUCCGAGCUCAGCUCAUCCACAGCUUCCAUCGGUGGGGCGAGGUCGGCCAUCCUUCCGACGUCCCUCCGCCGUCGUGGGUCGAGCAGCAGCGAGAGCAGCUUCAGGAGGUCUCAGCCCAGGCAAACAGAAGGGUUCGGGUUCCGGAAGACUAUGAGGCCGUCGUCCCCGCCCGGCAGCGAAGCCGCCGGCAGGAGGUUCUCGCUCCGCUCCCUGUCCCCCACCGGCACGGCCUUCAGCCGCUCCUCGAUGCCCGCGAGCAACACGGGGUUGCGACAAACCCUACGCCAGACGGCCCCGCAGGAGGCCCGGACCGGGACGGGACUGUUCGGGAGGAAGAACAAGAAGCAGCAGCACGCGAGGUCCAAGUUCGGAGGCUCGAAGUCGUCAAGCCGCUUCGGCGACUCGACCGACGAGGACGAGGGCGGAGCCUCGGCCCUGGGCUCGCGAUUCCGCAGCCGCUUCGACGGUUCGAGCAGCGACGACGACGGCGGCGGCGGUGGUAGCAUCAAGCCCCGGGACCCCCGGCCUUUGUCUAUGGCGAAGUCGAUGCGGCCCGGCAGCCGCGGCAAGGCCUGGCCGGCGACCGCGGUGGGGGCCGACAGCAAGGCCAGCCCCCCCUUGCCGGAGGAGGAGGAGGAGGAGGAUGAGGAGAAGCGGAUGGUCCUCCUCGGCAACGCCCCUCAAUCCCGCCCCGCCGCCGCCCGCGCCCAACCGUCCGCCGACAGCGGCCUCCGGCGCUCGCGCUCGGGCCGCGGCGAGCUCAUGGGGUCCCCGACGACCCCGACUGCCGCGGCCACCACCACCACCACCAUCACCGGCGGUGGCGGCAGCACCAGAAAGAAGCGCAGCAGCCUGAUGGACGUGCUGCGCCGCAGGAGGCACAACACGGGCGGCGGCAUCCAGCGGCGCGCCGAGGGGGAGGACGCCGCGGCACGCAGGGACACGCCGCUCGAGCGCGGGGCCGACGAGCUGAGGGGCAUCAGGGCCGCGGGCACCGGCGACGACGACGAGGGUGAGGGCGAGGGCGAGUUCCAGGGGGAGGAGAGGCCGCGGAGUCCGCGGCUGCAGAAGAGGACGGCCGCGAGCCUGAACACGACUCUGAGCGCGCGCCGCGGCUCCGGGGCGACGUGGCCGCUGCCGAUGGGGGCCGAGGGGGAUAGGGAGGAGGAGUUUGCCGGGGCCGGGUCGGGGAACCUGGGCACGAGGACGCUGAGCGGGUCGACGGUGUUGCCGAGGCGGACCGCGUCGUCGGGCCUGUUCGAGAUGGACGGCGCGGGCGCGGCGGGCACCGGGGGGGAGGUGAAGAAGAAGAAGUUUGGGGUGCUGAGGAGGAUGUUCGGCCUGCCUGAAUAGAGUUGGUGCUGAGGCCCUCUCUGGGGACUUGCGUGGUCCCCCCACCCCCCGAGAUGAUGGAUAACACACUCUCUUCCAUCUUUCCUUUCCCUAUUUUCAUUUCUUUUUAAUGUUUUUUUUUCUUUUUCUUUUUUCUAAUAGGUCUUGUUUGGAAAUGGGGAUUGGGGGCAACAACAACCUAAUCAUCAUCGCGAGCCAGGUCUGGAGGUUGGAUCUACCUACCUACCUACGACCUACUUCUUUCCCACCAUAAGGACUUGGCAAAAGGCAUAGGACAUGCAUAAGCGGGAAUUGGAGAUAUCCAACGGCAACGAAAACACAUCGAACCGACUUUCUUUUCUUUUUCUUUUUUUCUUGCCGUCUGUUACUAUCGACUGUUCUGGUUGUUAUGUUCGG